CACCGGAAGUGCCCUUUCUCGGCAUUUGUUGGGAAAUCCACGCGAGCGGAAACGUUGCACUAGCUUAACGUGUCCAGCCGUGCAUUUGUUUGUACGCGUGCGCGCUUGCAGUCUGCGUCUAUGUGUCUGUGUGACAAGCAUGUUGCCUUUAUCCAUCAAGGAUGACGAGUACAAACCUGCCAAGUUCAAUUUGCUGCUCAAGCUGUCAGGAUGGAUCAGGUCUAUUUUGUCCGACAAAACGUCGAGAAAUUUGUUUUUCUUCUUGUGCUUGAACCUUUCCUUCGCCUUUGUGGAGCUGAGUUACGGCAUCUGGAGCAACAGUCUAGGUCUGAUCUCGGACUCGUUCCACAUGUUCUUCGACUGCACGGCACUGCUGGCGGGCCUGGCGGCCUCUGUCAUCUCCAGGUGGCGCUCCAACGACAGCUUCUCUUACGGCUAUGUCAGAGCCGAGGUCAUAGGCGGCUUCGUCAACGGACUCUUCCUCAUCUUCACUGCUUUCUUCAUCUUCUCUGAAGGCGUUGAGAGAGCUCUGGAGCCGCCGGACGUUCAUCACGAGCGUCUUCUUCCUGUCUCAGUGGCUGGCCUGCUCGUCAACCUGGUGGGAAUCUUUGUUUUCCAACACGGAGGACAUGCACACUCGCACGGAGAGCAAGGUCACGGACACAGCCAUUCGUUGUUUAACGGCAGCGCGGGCCAUGGCGACCAUGGUGGCCACGCCCAUGACGCCUACGACGGGCACGGCGGUCAUGCCUACGAAGACCACGCGCACCACGCCGGUCACCACGGGCAUAGUCACCAUGAUCCUGACAACGAGCGUCGACCGGGUUCCAGUAAACAGAUCCUCCAAGGUGUGCUGCUGCACAUCAUGGCCGACACUCUGGGCAGCGUGGGCGUGAUCGUUUCAGCUCUUCUGAUGCAGAAUUACAACUUGAUGAUAGCUGACCCCAUCUGCUCCAUGCUCAUCGCGAUCCUCAUUGGAAUCAGUGUGGUCCCAUUGCUGCGGGAGUCCAUCGGCAUCCUGAUGCAGAGAACGCCUCCAUCCCUGGAGCACGCCCUCCCCGAGUGCUAUCAGCGGGUGCAGCGGCUCGAGGGCGUGUACAACGUGCAGCAGCCACACUUCUGGACCUUGUGCAGCGACGUCUACGUGGGAACCCUCAGAGUGGCCGUGGCCCCCGACGCCGACGCCCGCUGGAUACUCAGCCAGACGCACAACAUCUUCACACAGGUGGGCGUUCGGCAGCUCUAUGCAGAAAUUGACAUGGCUGCCAUGUAGAGGCUCCUCCUCUCUGGACUUUGGGACCAAUCACAGUCUGUGGCGGUGAUCUCUGAUCUCACCCGGGGUCACGGUGUGACCUUUCGUGGAUGGGGCCUGACUGUGAUGAACCUGGCCGGAUCGCUCCACCCCCUCCGUUCGGCCCAGCCCUGCCCGCAUGGAGCUUGGAGCAAAUUGUGGGAAAGUGCCUUGGCUAUUCAUCAUGGCCCCGCCCCCUGACACAAUGCUGCUAGCUGAUUGGACCGUGUGUGUGUGUGUACGCCCAUGUGCCAAUCCAUGUGACCAGUCCCCAACAAUAAUAAAAGGUUGAGGUCAA